CAGAGAAGAUUAUAAACAUUACAUUUUAACGUAAAAAUUUAUUUUGUAUUUGCCAACAAAGCAUUUACAUAUGAAAACGUAAAAAUACACCAAUAGAAAUAUCAACAUCAAAACAAGCUUUUUUCCUCUCUCUUUUUUUUCCAAAUAAACAAACAAAGUUCUUUUUACAACAAAAAUUUUUUAAUAUAUUUUGAAUGAAAACAUGUUUGGACGCAAUAGUAUGAGUCGAAAUACAAAUGCAAUUACCGGUGAAAAUACCGGCUACGUCACCGAUCGUAAUAGUGUUGGUGCAAAUACCGGUAUUAAUAUGGGAUUAUCACCAAUGGGACAAAAUCAACAGCAGCAGCAGCAACAACAACAAUCACAACAUCAACAACAGCAGCAUCAAUAUCAUUCACAACCAUAUUCAUCAUCAGGUUUAGUCGAUGAAAGACCGCGUGCGCAUACGGGUGUAAAAGAUUUUGGUCGUCAAUAUUAUUCAAAUAGCGGUCAACAACAACAACAACAAAUUAGAAAUUCAGCAAGUGGUGUACAAAAUAAUAAUAAUAUUAAUAAAAAUAAUUCAAAUAAUAGUUAUAAUAAUAAUAAUAAUAGUAAUAAAUUUAUUGAAAACGAAAAACAAGGAUAUUAUAAUAAUUAUCCACAACAACAGCAAGAACAAGAAAAAUUAUAUCAGCAACAACAAGAUCAACAAUAUCCUCAACAGAGUGCUGGUGAUUUUCAAGAAGAAGAAGACAUGGAAGCUGAACGUGAUUUAGCUGAAGAUGCUCAAUGGAAAAAAAUUCAACAGAAUACAUUUACACGUUGGGCAAAUGAGCAUCUUAAAAUAAUUGAUCGUAGUAUUGUCAAUUUAGAAACGGAAUUAUCAGAUGGUUUACGUUUGAUAGCAUUAAUUGAAGUUUUAGCACAAAAACGUAUGCCGAAAUAUAAUAAACGUCCCGUAUUUCGUAGUCAAAAAUUGGAAAAUGUUUCGGUUGCAUUAAAAUUUCUUGAAGAUGAGGGUAUUAAAAUUGUUAAUAUUGAUUCAUCAGAUAUUGUUGAUUGUAAACUUAAACUAAUUCUUGGUUUAAUAUGGACACUUAUUUUGCAUUAUUCAAUUUCAAUGCCUGUAUGGGAUGGCGAGGACGAUAAUCAAAUAAAUGGCUCCGGCCCGACACCAAAACAAAGAUUAUUAAAUUGGAUUCAUACAAAAAUACCUGAUUUACCAAUUAAUAAUUUCACAAAUGAUUGGACAGAUGGUAAAGCUGUAGGUGCAUUAGUUGAUGCAUGUGCGCCAGGUUUAUGCCCCGAUUGGGAAUUAUGGGAUCCCAAGGAUGCAGUACAAAAUGCAUCUGAAGCUAUGGGUUUAGCUGAUGAUUGGUUAAAUGUUAGGCAAUUAAUUAAACCAGAAGAAAUUGUUAAUCCAAAUGUUGAUGAACAAUCAAUGAUGACAUAUUUAUCGCAAUAUCCAAGUGCAAAAUUAAAACAAGGAGCACCAUUACGUCCAAAAACUAAUCCAAAUAGCAUUCCUCCUCCCCGAGUUCGAGCUUAUGGUCCUGGAAUUGAACCCACUGGGCCAGUUGUUGGCGCACCAGCCAAUUUUACAGUUGAAACAUUUUCUGCUGGAAAAGGAGUUGUUGAUGUAAUUGUUAUUGGACCAGGGGGUCAACAGGAGAAGGCAGAUGUUCGUUAUAAUAAUGAUAAAAAUUUAACAUAUUCUGCAUCCUAUAUUCCAAAGGAAGAAGGGAAUCAUCAAGUUUUCAUAAAGUUUUCUGGUAGAGAUAUUCCAAAAAGUCCCUAUAACGUGAAAGUGGAAGGACAUGCUGGCGAUGCUUCUAAAGUCAGUGUUACUGGUCCUGGAAUUCAAGCUACGGGUGUUAGUAUUAAUCGUCCAACGUCAUUUGAUAUAUUAACAAAAGAUGCAGGGAAAGGUGUACCUGAAGUCAUUAUUAUUGAUCCUGCAAAUCAUAAAACUUCAGUUCCAGCAAAAUUAAGACAAAUUGAGCCAGAUGUAUGGCGUUGCGAAUAUGUUUCUCCAUUAACCGGAUUACAUUCUGUAAAUGUAUUUUUUGCUGGUAAUCCAAUACCAAAUAGUCCAUUCCCUGUUAAAGUUGCACCAAUUUCUGAUGCAAAGAAAGUACGAGCAUCUGGUCGUGGGCUUCAAUCGCAAGGAGUACGUGUUGGUGAUGAGGCAGACUUUAAAAUUUAUACUGAAGGUGCUGGAGAGGGUACACCAGAAGUAAGAGUAAUUGGACCAGGAGGUACAACGCAAAUGGUAAAACUGAAUAAAAAAAGUGGAAAAAUAUAUGAAGCAAGCUAUGCUCCAACAAAAGAAGGACGUUAUGUAGUAAUGAUAUCAUAUGGGGGUCAAGAGAUUCCGAAAAGUCCAUUUGAAGUUAAUGUACGCCCUUAUAAAGAAUCCUCAAUUGUUGCUCAUGGGCCAGGGCUUUCAAGUGGCAUUGUAGGUUAUCCGGCAGCGUUUGUCGUUGAAACAAAUGGUGAAACAGGAGCUUUAGGUUUUACAGUAGCUGGUCCUUCACAAGCAGAAAUUGAAUGCCACGAUAAUGGAGACGGUUCUGCUUUAGUAAAAUAUUAUCCAACUGCACCUGGCGAAUAUGCAGUUCAUAUACUUUGUGAUAAUGAGGAUAUACCUAAAAGUCCCCAUAUGGCUUAUAUUUAUCCAAAAACAGAAUUCUUCCCAGAAAAAGUUAAAGCUUUUGGUCCAGGCUUAGAAAAGAAUGGUGUAGUAAUAGAUCAACCUGUGAGUUUUACAGUGGAUACAUCAAACGCCGGUUCAGCUCCUUUAGAAGUUUUCGUGCAAGACGUUUAUGCUAAAUCUAUUCCUGUUCAAAUUAAGGAUAAUCCAGAUGGAACUAAGAUUUGCACAUAUACACCAAAAUCUGGUGUUCCACAUACUGUUGAAAUUAAUUAUGGCGGAGUAGCAACAUCAGAUUCCCCUCAUAGGGUUUAUGUUACAACACCAUUGGACCCGACUAAAGUACAAGUAAUGGGUCCUUGGUUGGAACCUGGUGUAAAACCAAAUGUUGCAACUCAUUUCAAUGUUGAUGCGAGGGAUGCGGGUGAUGCUGAAUUAAAGGUGACAUUAAUCCAUGACGAUACUAGAGCAGAAGUUCCAGUUAGAAUAAUUGAUAAUGAGGAUAGUACCUAUACUGUAGAAGUUGUUCCACCUGCUAUUGGAUCUUACACAACAAAUAUGUAUUAUGGUGGUUUAUUGGUUCCAACAUCUCCAAAGGUGGUUAUAACACCAGCCGUUGACGUUUCCAAAAUUAAAGUUGAUGGCCUAGAACCAACGGCACCUGUUAAUAGUUUACAACAGUUUCGUGUUAUAACAAAUGGUUUGGCUCGAGCUGAUUUGUCUGUGAUUAUAACAAGCCCGUCUGGAAAUCGUAUUAAAGCUCAUGUUAUACCUACCGCAGAAGGGUUUUUAGUUAAUUUUACCCCAACACAGUUAGGAGAAUAUUUAUUGUCCGUUUGCUUUGGUGGAACGCCAAUAACACCAAGACCAUUCCGUUUGCAAUGUUUGGUUGGUAGUGAUUCAGCAAAAGUACAUGCUUAUGGACCAGGCUUGGAAAAAGGUUAUGUAGCGUUGCCAGCCGAAUUCGUUAUAGAUACACGUGGUGCUGGUCAAGGUGGUUUAGGUGUAACAGUUGAAGGACCUUGUGAAGCUGCUAUAAAUUGUCGUGAUAAUGGAGAUGGUACGUGUAAUGUGGCAUAUUUACCAACAGAAGUAGGUGAUUACACAGUAAAUAUAACUUUUAAUGACCAUCAUAUCGUGGGAUCACCAUUCCAAGCUAUUAUUAUUGCUCAACCAAAUUUAAGGAAUAUUCGCGUUUCUGGAUUAGGAAUACAACCUCAUGGUGUAAUUAUGAAUGCGGCUACGGAUUUCUUAGUAGAUAUGAGUAAAGUUGGUAGCAACAUUGAUACAAGCAAAUUAUCUUGUGCAAUAUUUGAUCCAAAGGGAAAUGUCCUUCCCAGUAAAAUAGUAACUGGCAAAGAUGAUGACGUUUUUCGCAUUAUGUAUACUCCAUUUGAAGCAGGACGUCAUACAAUUGAACUUUUAUACGAUAAUGUUCACGUUCCUGGGUCGCCGUUUGUUGUGCAUGUUAAAAGUGGUUGUGAUCCAUCAAGAUGCAAAGCAUAUGGAUCAGGUUUAGAACGAGGUAUUACAAAUCACACAAAUAAAUUUACUGUAGAAACAAAGGGAGCUGGUAUAGGCGGAUUAUCCUUAGCAAUCGAAGGUCCAGCUGAGGCAAAAAUGUCUUGUAUUGAUAAUAGAGAUGGUAGCUGUGACGUUGAAUAUGUUGCAACAGAACCAGGAGAAUAUGAUAUAACAAUAAGAUUUGCUGACAAACAUAUACCUGGAUCACCAUUUAAAGUCUUUGUUGAAGAAAGUGUUGAACCGUCAAAAGUUAAAGUUUUUGGUCCAGCUCUUGAACAUGGUCAAGUAAGAGAAGAUGUACCAACAUAUUUCGAUGUUGAUGUUGGUGAAGCUGGUCCUGGAAAAAUUUCAGUGCAAAUGAAUAACUCUGAAGGACAUCCUAUUGAAAACUGGCAUGUUCAAGACAAAGAAAAUGGUUUAUAUGCUGUGCAUUUCAUACCACCAAAAGAAGGAUCAGUAUUAACAUGUACUGUUAAAUUUGCUGAUGUUGAAGUACCUUGCAGUCCUUUCAUAAUGCAAGUAUUUCCUAAAUUUGAUGAGAAAAAUGUCAAAAUUGAUGGUGAUACACAGAAAAAACAAUUACCAGCAUCAUUACCUGCUAAAUUUCAAAUUGAUACAAAAAAGGCUGGUCAAGCUGAUAUUAAUGUUUCAAUAAAAAAUCCGAAAGGCAAACCAUUGAAGCCAAAAAUGGAACAACUUGAAAAUGGUUCGUAUACGGUAUCAUUUGUACCUGAUGAAUGUGGCCCAUAUAAUGUUAGCAUCAAAUAUGGGGGCAAAGAAAUUCAAGGUUCACCAUUCACUUUGCAAGCAUAUCCUACUGGGGAAGCUAAAAAAUGCAAAUUAGUUGAAGAAGCCCCAAAAAUUCAACCGUCUGGUAGUAAAAGUCAUAUGACAGUUGAUGCUAGAGAAGCUGGUGACGGAGCAGUUACAUGUAAAAUAACAUCGAAAAAUGGAAAUGACGUUGAUAUUGAUGUCAUUGAAAAGGAUGGAUUCUUUGAUAUAUUCUACACAUUAAAUGAACCUGGCGAAUAUGAUUUGAAUGUUAAGUUUGGUGGACAAAGCAUACCGAAUGGACAUUAUUCAAUUAAGGCUGUUGAAAGCAUCGAAGAAUUUGAAGCUAAGAAAACAUCAGUGACUCAUUCCUCAUAUACUGAACAGACAGAAAUUAUCGAACAUACAACAUCACAAGAAGUAAAGGAAACUAAGGAGGUCUAUAAUCAAUAUUUAUUAAACGGGAAAACUGAACUUAAAUAUCAUACUAUAUAUUUAGAGAAGUUACCAUUACCAAGUACUGGCGGUGAAGUUGAAGCUGAAGUAAAAAUGCCAAGUGGAAAAGUAGAUAAACCUGUUAUUGAAGACAACCGUGAUGGUACCGUAUCCGUUAAAUACGAUCCAAAGGAGGAAGGUAUUCAUGAGUUGGUUGUUAAAUAUAAUGGUGAAUCAGUUCAAGGAUCACCAUUUAAAUUCCAUGUUGAUUCAAUUAGCUCUGGUUAUGUAACAGCUUAUGGACCUGGUUUAACUCAUGGUGUUACAGGUGAGCCAGGUAACUUUACAAUUUCAACAAAAGGUGCUGGAGCCGGUGGUUUAUCACUUGCAAUCGAAGGUCCAAGCAAAGCUGAUAUUUCAUAUCAUGAUAAUAAGGAUGGUACUGUCGGUGUUCAAUAUUUACCAACAGCUCCAGGCGAAUAUAAGAUCUCCGUUCGUUUUGGUGAUAAAAUGAUCAAAGGAUCACCAUUUAGUGCAAAAAUUACUGGUGAAGGUCGUAAACGUAAUCAGAUUUCAGUAGGAUCAUCUUCUGAAAUUACGUUCCCAGGAAAAAUUACUGACGAUGAUAUUCGUGCUUUGAAUGCUUCAAUUCAAGCACCGAGUGGUUUAGAGGAACCGUGUUUCUUGAAAAGACUUCCAAGUGGAAACAUUGGUAUUUCCUUUACACCACGUGAAGUCGGUGAACAUCAAGUUUCUGUUAAACGUACCGGACAACAUAUUGCAAAUUCACCAUUCAAAGUGAAUGUUAUGGAACGUGAGGUUGGUGAUGCCAAAAAAGUUAAGGUAAGCGGUCAAGCUCUCAAGGAAGGCAAAACACAUGUAGAAAACAACUUUACAGUUGAUACACGUAACGCUGGAUACGGCGGUCUCUCAUUUUCAAUUGAAGGUCCAAGCAAAGCAGAAAUUGUCUGUAAUGAUAAAGACGAUGGAACUCUGAAUAUUUCUUAUAAACCAACUGAACCUGGUUAUUAUAUUGUUAAUUUGAAAUUCGCUGAUCAUCAUGUUGAAGGAUCUCCAUUUACUGUAAAAGUAUCUGGUGCUGGCUCAAAUCGGCAACGUGAAAAGAUUCAACGCCAACGUGAAGCUGUACCAUUAACUGAAGUUGGUAGCAACUGCCGUUUGACAUUUAAAAUGCCUGGUAUUACAUCAUUUGAUUUAGCUGCCUGUGUUACGUCUCCAGCUAAAAUUACUGAAGAUGCAGAAAUUGUUGAAGUUGAGAACGGUCUUUAUGCUGUUAAUUUUGUACCAAAAGAAUUGGGUGUUCAUACCGUGUCCGUUCGCUAUAAGGACAUGCAUAUUCCUGGAUCACCAUUCCAGUUUACAGUUGGUCCAUUACACGAUUUCGGUUCACAUUUAGUAAAAGCUGGUGGUCCUGGUUUGGAACGUGGUGAAGUGAAUUCUCCAGCUGAAUUUAAUGUUUGGACCCGUGAAGCUGGUGGCGGUUCAUUAGCAAUUUCUGUUGAGGGCCCUAGUAAAGCUGAUAUACAAUUCAAAGAUCGUAAAGAUGGUUCAUGUGAUGUUGCUUAUACUGUAUCACAACCUGGAGAAUAUCGUAUAGGAUUAAAAUUCAAUGACCGUCAUAUACCUGACUCACCAUUUAAAGUAUAUAUUUCACCAGCUGUAGGAGAUGCAAAUAAAUUGGAAGUGCAACAAUUUCCAACAGGAGCUAUUCAAGCUGAUGCACCAUCACAAUUUUUAGUGCGUAAAAAUGGUGCUAGAGGUGAAUUAGAUGCCAAAAUUGUAGCACCAUCGGGAACUGAAGAUGACUGCUUCAAUCAAUCAAUUGAUGCUGACUCAUAUUCAAUUCGUUUUUAUCCACGAGAAAAUGGCAUACAUGCAAUUCAUGUAAAAUUCAACGGUGUACAUAUUCCUGGAUCACCAUUUAAAAUAAAAGUUGGUAAAGAUGUUGCUGAUCCAGCUGCUGUUCAUGCAUCCGGCAGCGGUUUAGAAGAAGUAAGAACUGGUCAUAAAGCUGAUUUUAUUAUAAAUACAUGUAAUUCUGGUGCUGGUACUCUUUCUGUUACCAUGGACGGUCCUUCAAAAGUUGCAAUGGAUUGUACUGAAGUUGAAGAAGGUUAUAAAGUUAGAUAUACACCAUUAUUACCUGGUGAUUAUUUCUGUUCCAUUAAAUACAAUAAUUGUCAUAUUGUUGGUUCACCACAUAGAAUUGUUUGUAGAGGUGACAAACUGGCUGAUGAAGGUCCACAAGAAACAUCAACUGUUAUUGUUGAAACAGUUGCUAAGGUAACAAAGGGUUCAGCAAAUGCUGGUGUUCAUCUGCCUAAAUUCAAAUCUGAUGCAACUAAGGUUACAUGCAAGGGAAUGGGCUUAAAACGUGCCUAUAUAGGAAAACAAAAUCAAUUUACUAUUAAUGCAACUGAUGCCGGCAACAAUAUUUUAUUCAUUGGUAUUUACGGACCGAAAGGACCUUGUGAAGAAAUUUUUGUCAAACAUACUGGACGUAAUAAUUAUUCUGUAAAUUAUUUAGUACGUGACCGUGGCGAAUAUAUAAUGUUCAUUAAAUGGGGUGACGAUCAUAUUACUGGUUCUCCAUUUAAGAUUGAUGCUUAAAGAAGACAUUGAAAAGAAAAAAAUUUUUAUAAACGAAUUAAUAUUAAAAUUAUAAAAAAAAAAUAUAUAUAUAAUGGAACAUAUUGCAAAAAAAAAAAAAAAAUUUAAAAAAAAAAAGUUAAAUUUUGCAAAAAGUAAACAUUUUUUUUUCUCUCAAGGCUCGAAAUUCUUAUUUAAAAUGAAUAAAAUUUUGAAAUCAACAAAAAAUUGAUGAAAUUGCUACUAUUUUAGAGUUCAUUUAUAAAACAGAGAUCUUAUUGUUGCUUUAUUAUAGUCAUGAAAAGAAAUUCAAUUAUUUUUUAAAUUAAUGAUAUGCAACUGAGUUUUUUUUUUUUUUUUUUUUGAAUUAAAAAUGCCAUUAAAGUUAAAAACGACAUACUUAUAUUAUAUUUAAAAAUAUAUAAAAAUCAAGUUGAAAUGAAUGAUUUCAAAAACACAAUAAGUUUUUUUUUUCUUCAAAAUAUUUUAUAGGAUUUUGAAGCGUUUUCUUUAAAAAAGAGAAUUUGAAUCAUUUAUUUUGUUAAGUUUUUUUUUUAUUCACAGUUUUUUUUUUAUUAAUAUUUUUUAUUAAAUUUCAUACUAUUUUUUAUUAAAAAAUAUUCAUUAAAGUAGUUGUAAACUAUUAAAUAAUCUUUUUUUUUACAUUUACAUAAUAUUUAAAUUAUUUUUUUUUUUUGGAAAAUAAAUUUUUUUCUUCACGUUAUCCCUUUGUAUGUUUUCUAUGAAUUUCUUUUAAUUCUAAAUGAUAUGUUUUGCUACUAUUAAAGGUUAAAAUAGUUUUCUUAUAUUCUUGUUAUUUUUUUUUUUAUUUCUCUAAUUUAUAAUAUUCUUUUGCUUUAUUUAAAGAAUUUUAAAUUUUCAUUCAAAUCAUAAUUAAAAAUUUUUUUAAUAUAAAUGAUUAUUACAUAAAUUAUUUGUAUUAUCAUUAUUUUUAUUAUUAUUAUAAUAAAAUUGAGAACAACACCACACUGAAAUUCUGUUUUUCAAAAAAAGAAAAUAAAAGAUUUAAAUCAAAAUUUUUGAUGAAAGUAAAAAACAGAUGAAAAAAAAAAGAGAAUUUAAUUACAUUAAAAAUAAAUGAUUAUGUUAUUAUUUUAAGUUUUAAAUAAAAAAAGAAAAAUAUAUACAUAUAAAUAAAA